UAGUAAAGUCAACGUCAGCCUACACCGAUGCUGCUGGCUAGUCGGAAGUACAGUUUAUUUCCACCGUGCCUGUGUGGCUUUGGACAUAUAUGGAUAAACGUGUCUAAUACUAUGGGUAUAUUUCCAAUGUGACUGAAGUUAUUAGCAGCGGCCUGCUCUCUCAACCGGGCCCCCCCCCACCUCAUGGGCCCCAGUGCAACCACACUGCCUGCGCUGUCUAUAUUUACGUCCCUGAAUUCACCCAUUCACUCACACACUGAUAGCAGUGAAGGUGCUGGCCAAAUCAUUUGGGAGCGAUUUGGGGUUCAGUGUCUUGCUCAUGGACACUGAUACAUGUGGACAGGAGGAGAUGGGGAUCGAACCACAGACCAGCAAUAAUGCCACAGCCCAAAAUGAUGCUGGUGGUGACGGGAGAUGAUUUUGGCUACUGUCCCAGGAGGAACCAGGGGAUUGUGGACUGCUUCCAGGCUGGAGGCAUUUCCAAUGUGUCACUGCUGGUUAACGCCUCUGCUGCCAAAGAGGCAGCAGAUCUGGCUAAAAGGCACAACAUCCCUAUCGGCCUCCAUGCCAACCUGUCAGAGGGCAUUCCAGUGUGUCAGAGCCUCCAGCAGGCCUCCACACUGAUAAACCAGCGCGGCUUCUUCCACGGGAAGAUGGGCUUCCGUCAGGCCCUGGAGAGAGGUCAGCUCAGCAUGAAACAGGUGGAGCUGGAGUUGAGAGCCCAGGUCAGACUGUUCAGGGAACUGACAGGUCACCUACCCCACCACAUGGAUGGACACCAACACGUCCAUGUACUGCCAGAGGUGCGUGAGGUGUUUGCACAGGUCCUGUCAGAUCUCAGGAUUCCAUAUACUCGUGUUCCAGUGGAGCCAGGUUUACACAACUGCCCAUGGCUGCCAGCACACCUCCAAAGCUUCUACACACAGGUGGAGAAGAACGCUCUGGACUCCAUCCCUGUCUUCACACGCUAUGGAAUCAGGUGGCCAGACGUGUACCUGGGACUGACCACCAUGGGCCAGAACAUGUCCGUCCCCAACAUUCAGAGGGCCCUCAGCCACGCCCUGGCUGCAGGGCGCUCAGGCUCCACCUCCAGCAGUGCGUCCGACUCUAAUCAGCCUGCAGUCACAGCAGAGCUCAUGGUCCACCCGGGUUAUCCCAGUCACCCCCAGGAAGGAGGGUGCGGAGAGGGCCCGGAUGACUUCUCCCAGUCAGCUGACAGACAGCACGAGCUGAGCGUGCUCAGAGAGCCGUCCCUGCUGGCCCUCUACAGCCAGGAGCGAGUGCAGCUCUGCGCCUUCAGAGACCUCUGACUGCGGCUGUGUAAAACAUGUAUGUGUACUGCAGAGAGCCAAAGUGACACCCAGUUUCCCAGCUUCUGUUCCAGAAGUCACUGGAGUCACACUGACAUUUGUAAUAACACAACUUACUAACAGUGUGUGAUGGGGGCAUUUUACCAACAACCAAACACAAUAUUGUUGUUAAUUUCAGUUUUCAGUUUUAGCGGCCUUUAAUGAACACCAUUUCCCAUAAGCCCAAGGCAGUCACAGGUUAAAGGUCACCAACACAACACACAGAAGCAUGUGAGUGGGAGCGAUGAGAAUGGAGCUGUCCCGUGUGAAAGCUGUAGCUUUUUGAAUGCUAACUAAUAAAUCAUUAACUUUGUUAAAAUCAUGAAGGAUUUAAACCCUUUUCAGAAUAAAGAAUGAAGGAACCUUCAAUGAGAGCCUGUACUGAGUUAUAGAGGCUAGACAGGAAGUGGCACCAGGACUUCAGCUCUCUAUAGACCCUCGCAGUUGAGCACAGAAUCCGCUCUCAGCCUCUUCACGUUGACUGAGUAAAUGUGACUGUGGAGCACAAAAGUACAAAAAACUACAGUAACCUACAAACUGGAGCGUUGUGUUCUGCUUGGAAGUUUCCCUUAAAGUGUGUGGAGAUGUGAAGCCACAGUUUUCUGUUUUCUAACCUCCAAACGACGGGGUUUAGAUAUUAGUUUGCUCCCAGAUCUCAGCUUUCACUUGCUGAGUACAAUGUUCGUAUUACAGAUGAAUUCAACUACAAAAAUAAGACCCAGGAUGUAAUAAACUUUAGUUAUUAUCUGAUCUUGAGGUUCUGUCUGUAAGUCAGAAUCUAGUUUUAACACCUUCAUUAUUUUAGUUUUGUAUGUGCUUAAUCACAUGAGCGCACAGCAGUCUGGGCUCAGGUAGCAUGCACUCAUGGAAAAACUCUGCACAUGUAAAAUAGUGGAGGGAUGGGCUAAUAACGGGCCCUCCAACAAGGAGGCUUCCAGUGAUCUCAGGUCUGUGCACAAGUAGCACUGCACAUCUCAUCACCUGCCAAGUGUGUGUCUGUUAUGUGUAAUGUUACUUUAACAUUCACAUUUUAAAUCACCUGUAACCGUACUGUGUGUUUGUAAUAUUUAUAGCUGCUGGGUAUUUGAAAUCUUAUAUUUUCAUAAAGUUUCUGUUGAAGCUUUUUUAUGCGUUGCUAUAUUUGAAUUGACACAACGAUCAUAACUGGACUGGACUGGACAGUGUGAGCUAAUAAAUGGUGUCAAACUGA